CUGAUAAUUAUCGUAAUGACAGCAGCUGUUUUCACAAUGCCUUUGCUGAAUGCAGGACCACAACGAGAAGCUGAUCUCCUCAACUCAGCGACAACGAUCAAAGGAGUUUUUGGAAUAACCGUGACAAUCGUCAUCUGGCUGAUAAUAAUCGCGCAAUCAAAAAUGGCGGUCAAAAUUCUAAACAGAAUCGUAGAGAUGGAUAAAGAGAUGUUAAUAGUUCAGAAUUUAUGUGCGGACAAAUCAAAGAUACAGAUUGUCAUCAUGUUCAUGGGAAAUUGCACAAUCUGGAUCUCCAUUUUUGUACUGGAGAUUCUUGUUGUGAGUGAUUGGUACAACGUGUGGACUCCACUUCUUCUACCCAGUAUGAUAAUGAAUUGGUACAUCAUGCAGUACGUCUUCAUGCUGGUGAUGGUGGAGAGCAGAGCUGGAAGUGUAAAUCGAGGAUUCAUCAUGAUCGCUAAAGGAAGACUCGCGGCUUUCAUGUAUUCUAAUCCGAGACAUACAGAUGCCAACGAACGAAAGCUUGUGAACAAUUUCAUGAUUUUACGACGGGGUCAUGCAAUUUUAGCAGGAAUAUGUCGGGAUUUAUCGGAUUAUUACUCAUUUCCUGUUCUACCGACCAUUUCAUUUCUCUGUUGCGCUACUAUCUACGAUUCUUAUUAUCUCAUACUGCCGCUUGUUGUGCCCUCGAAUUACACGUCAAUACUCGAGAUCUCGAAUAUGAUAUGCUGGCUGUUGAUGGAAACACUGCCAGUUGUUGUGCUUGCAGUGUACGUUACUAGGGUCUUGAAUGAGAUGGAGAAAACCGGUAGCAUUGUUUAUAAUGUUCUGUCACGAUCUGCACUGAUACAUAUUGCCAAAAAUGAGUUGAUGGACUUCUCCGUGGAGUUGCUGCACAGAAAGGUGCGAUUCACGGCUUAUGGAAUUUUCUCGCUUGAUGGGACACUCAUCAGAUCGAUCUUUGGAAUGCUCGUGACGUACCUCAUCAUCCUCAUGCAAUUUCAAUUGAAUCACCGGUCAGACGAUGAGUUGAAGUUGGUGACCACUUCCUCAACGAUUUCUCCGAUGUCAUCAUUCGGAUUAAUAAUUGGAAACAAAAAUUCUUACAUCUUGCCUCUUUUGGAAUUCAUUGAUGUCAGUGCGCAGUACUUGAAGUAUUCACUUGAACUAGAAAUGGUGGGUAGAGUAUCAGGAAAAAUGAAACAAGCUCAGAAGCAAUCAGCUUGGGUCGAGCCAGGAACGACUGAAAAAUACUUCUUCACUGAUGCAUUUGUAGUCCGUCUAGUUGUGAUUAUCUUCAAAGUCCUGGGAUUGGCCCCGAUAUCAGUGGAGAGUCCUAGAACCCUCAGAACGAGAUUGCAAAGAUCUCAUCAAGGAUUGCUCUUCAAGAAGUGCAUCUUCGGUGUAGUGUACAUAUACAUCCUGAUAAUUAUCGUCUUCGGGGUCAGCUUCAUUACAGUCCCAUUGAUGAAUGCAGACGUAUCUUACCUUGAUGCAGACUUGUUGGAUACAUUCGAGGCGACCAAAGGUGUUUUUGGACUGAUCGUGAUGUUCGUCAUAUGGCUUGCUGUUGCCUCUCGAUAUAAGACAGUUCUAAAAAUUCUAAACAAGAUGGUGGAGAUGGACAACGAGAUGCUGGUCCUGCAGGAUCUAUAUUACCUAGAAACCUCCAAGAGGCAAAUACUCAUUCUAUUUUUGGUGAACUUCGUUCUGUGGAUUGUGAAUUUUUUUCUUGAGAUUCUCUCUGAUUCCGAUCGGUGGAAGCUAUGGACCCCUCUGGUCUUGCCCAGCAUCAUCAUGAACUGGUACAUCAUGCAGUACAUACUCAUACUCGUGAUGAUUGAGAACAGAUUUGUGAGUGUUAAUCGUGGACUUAUUGUGAUUGCAAACUGCAGACUUGAGAUGUUUUUUCACUCAGAUGUGAGACGUGCUGACGUGUCUGAGCGAGCGAUUGUGAAUAAUUUUAUGACACUGAAACGAGCUCAUAGCAUUUUGGCUGGUAUAUGCCGAGAUAUAUCGAGUUAUUAUUCAUUUCCUAUUCUCCCGACUGUAGCAUUCUUCUGCGGUGCAUCGAUUUAUCAUUCUUAUUACGUAAUGGUACCGCUGGUGAUGAAAACUGAUCAGCAGUCAAUCAUGGAAAUUGCUAAUAUGAUUUGCUGGCUGAUAAUACAAAUGCUACCACUCAUUGUGCUCUCAGUGUGUGUUACUCGAGUUCUCAAUCAGAUGGGGAUGACCGGUGGAACUGUUUACAAAGGUCUAGCGCGAUCGAUCUUGAAUUAUGUUGCCAAAGACGAACUGAAGAAGUUUUCAUUCGAACUGUUGCAUAAAAAUGUUCAGUUCACAGCGUACGAUAUCUUCUCACUUGAUUGCACCUUGAUUCAAUCGAUAUUUGGUAUGUUGGCGACGUAUUUAAUCAUUCUCGUGCAAUUCCAAUUGAGUCAUGUCGGCCAACGCGAGCCCAGCAAUCAAGUUAUCUCUGCAACCGAGUCAUCAACUCAAUGAACAGCUGUACCUAUGACA